CGCGGUGCUGCAGGAGCCGCCGCCGGCGGGAUGAGCGGGAGCGGCGCCCCCGGGCCCGGCGCGGCGCCCUGCCGCUUCGCCCACUACUUCGUGCUCUGCGGCAUCGACGCGGAGAGCGGGCUGGAGCCCGACGAGCUGGCAGGAGAGAAUUUUGACCAGAGUCCAUUACGAAGAACCUUCAAGUCCAAAGUUUUGGCCCAUUAUCCUCAGAACAUUGAGUGGAACCCCUUUGACCAGGAUGCUGUCAACAUGCUGUGUAUGCCCAAAGGGCUGUCUUUCAGGACACAGGCAGAUAACAGAGAUCCACAGCUGCAUUCGUUCAUCAUCACCAGAGAAGAUGGCUCUCGUACGUAUGGAUUUGUGCUCACGUUCUAUGAGGAGGUCACAAGCAAGCAGAUCUGUACAGCCAUGCAAACACUCUACCAGAUGCACAAUGCAGAGCAAUACAGCAGUGUCUGUGCCUCCUCCUCUUGCAGCAUGGACUCCCUGGCCAGCAGCAUUGACGAGGGGGACGCCACAUCCCUUGCCAAGCUCCAGCGGUACAAUUCCUAUGACAUCAGCAGAGACACACUGUAUGUCUCCAAAUGCAUAUGCCUCAUCACCCCUCUGCCCUUCAUGCAAGCCUGCAAGAAGUUCCUGAUCCAGCUCUAUAAGGCAGUGACCUCUCAGCAGCCACCACCUCUUCCCCUGGAGAGCUACAUCCACAACAUCCUCUACGAGGUGCCCUUGCCGCCCCCAGGAAGGUCACUGAAGUUUUAUGGGGUUUAUGAGCCCAUCAUUUGCCAGAGACCUGGCCCAAAUGAACUGCCACUCUCUGACUACCCACUGCGGGAGGUCUUUGAGCUGCUUGGCCUGGAAAACCUGGUCCAAGUUUUCACCUGUGUUCUUCUGGAGAUGCAGAUCCUUCUCUAUUCACAAGAUUAUCAGCGUCUGAUGACAGUGGCAGAGGGGAUCACGACACUUCUGUUCCCAUUUCAGUGGCAGCAUGUCUAUGUCCCCAUCCUUCCUGCCUCUCUCCUGCAUUUUCUGGAUGCUCCUGUUCCCUACCUUAUGGGGCUGCAGUCUAAGGAGGGAACUGAUCGGUCCAAGCUGGAGCUGCCUCAGGAGGCAAACUUGUGCUUUGUAGACAUUGAUAACCAUUUCAUCGAGCUGCCAGAGGAAUUUCCCCAGUUCCCCAACAAGCUGGAGUUUAUCCAGGAAAUCUCUGAGGUUCUCCUGCAGUUUGGCAUCCCACCUGAGGGUAACCUGCACUGCAGUGACAGUGCCACCAAACUCAAGAACUUGGUUCUCAGUGACUUGGUGAACGACAAGAAAAAUGGGAACAUCCCUGGCAAUGCCCUCAACAUGUACGAGCUGCUGAAAGGCAACGAGACAAUCGCCCGCCUGCAAGCCCUCGCCAAAAGAACAGGCGUGAUGAUGGAAAAAAUGGCCAUCACAGCUCCCCUCACAGAGAAGGAGAAGGAUGGGAAAGUGUCCUGUGAGGAAAUGGAGCUGAGGGACUACAAACUUAACGUGCAGCUUCGGGAGGUUUUUGCCAACCGCUUCACACAGAUGUUUGCAGACUACGAGGCUUUCGUCAUUCAGGCUGCUCCUGACAUGGAGUCGUGGCUGACAAACAGGGAACAAAUGCAAAACUUUGACAAAGCUUCCUUCCUUUCGGACCAACCUGAGCCUUACCUCCCAUUCCUUUCACACUUCAUCGAAACUCAGAUGUUUGCAACCUUCAUAGACAAUAAGAUAAUCUCCCAGUGGGAAGAGAAGGACCCUUUUCUGCGAGUGUUUGACUCCCGAAUUGAGAAGUUAAGGCUAUACAAUGUCAGAGCCCCCGCACUGCGGACAUCCAACUACCAGAAAUGCAGCACGUUGAAAGAAGCAGCCCAAUCCAUCGAGCAGCGGCUGAUGAAGAUUGAUCACACAGCUAUCCACCCCCAUUUACUUGAUAUGAAGAUAGGCCAAGGGAAAUAUGAGCAAGGAUUUUUCCCAAAGCUGCAGUCGGAUGUCUUGGCAACAGGACCCACCAAUAACAACCGCUGGACCAGCCGCAGCACCACCACGCAGCGGAGGAAAGACCGCCUGCGGCAGCACUCAGAGCACAUCGGGCUCGACAAUGACUUGAGGGAGAAAUACAUGCAGGAGGCAAGGAGUUUAGGAAAAAAUUUAAGGCAGCCCAAACUCUCAGAUCUCUCUCCAGCUGUGAUUGCACAAACCAACUGGAAAUUUGUGGAAGGGUUGCUGAAGGAAUGUCGCAUGAAGACUAAACGCAUGUUGGUGGAGAAGAUGGGCCAUGAAGCAGUGGAGCUGGGACAUGGAGAAGCCAACAUAACAGGUCUGGAGGAGAAUACACUGAUUGCUAGUCUCUGUGAUCUGCUAGAAAGAAUCUGGAGCCAUGGUCUGCAGGUCAAGCAGGGGAAAUCAGCUUUGUGGUCACAUUUACUUCAGUACCAGGAGAAAGAAGAGAAGCAAGAGCAUAGUGCAGAGUCCCCAGUUGCUGUUGGAACAGAAAGGCGGAAGUCUGACACAGGAAUUAGUCUGCCCACUUUGAGGGUUUCCCUGAUACAAGAUAUGAGGCAUGUUCAAAACAUGAGUGAGAUAAAGACUGAUGUGGGGCGAGCCCGAGCCUGGAUAAGGCUUUCUCUGGAGAAGAAGCUUUUGUCUCAACACCUGAAACAGCUUCUUUCCAACCAGGCACUUGCCAAGAAACUUUACAAGCGUUAUGCUUUCCUGCGCUGCGAAGAGGAGCGGGAGCAGUUCCUCUAUCACCUGCUGUCACUGAAUGCUGUGGAUUACUUCUGCUUCACAAGUGUCUUCACCACAAUCAUGAUCCCUUACAGGUCAGUGAUAAUUCCCAUCAAAAAACUAAGCAAUGCAAUAACAACAUCAAACCCCUGGAUAUGUGUAUCAGGAGAGCUAGGAGACACAGGUGUAAUGCAGAUUCCUAAGAACCACCUAGAAAUGACCUUUGAGUGCCAGAAUUUAGGGAAGCUGACGACCGUUCAGAUUGGUCAUGACAACUCAGGGCUACUAGCCAAGUGGCUAGUUGAUUGUGUCAUGGUCAGAAACGAAAUAACAGGACACACAUACAAGUUUCCCUGUGGGAGAUGGCUUGGGAAGGGUGUCGACGAUGGCAGCUUGGAGCGAAUACUCAUUGGAGAGCUGGUGUCCUCCACAUCCGAGGAAGAACUGGGAAAGCAAUGCCGUACUCCACCCCAACAGAAAUCUCCUACCAUGGCUCGACGACUGAGCAUCACUUCCCUUACAGGGAAGAAUAUCAAACCUAAUGCAGGUCAGAUCCAAGAGGGAAUCGGGGAAGCUGUGAACAAUAUUGUGAAGCACUUUCACAAGCCAGAGAAAGAGAGAGGGAGCCUUACCAUUCUGUUGUGUGGAGAAAAUGGUCUGGUUGCAGCAUUGGAGCAGCUCUUCCACCAUGGAUUCAAAUCAGCUCGCAUUUUUCAUAAGAAUGUCUUCAUUUGGGAUUUCAUAGAGAAAGCUGUCGCUUAUUUUGAAACCAGUGACCAGAUUGGAGACAAUGAGGAGGCCCUUUUGCUUCAGAGAUCUUCCUGCAAAACCUUCUGUCAUUACGUAAAUGCCAUCAAUACAGCUCCAAGGAAUAUUGGAAAGGAUGGCAAGUUCCAAAUUCUGGUUUGCCUGGGGACAAGGGACCACCUGCUCUCUCAGUGGAUCCCACUGUUAGCAGAAUGCCCACCCAUUACAAGGAUGUACGAGGAGAAUGCUCUCCUACGGGACCGCAUGACCGUCAACUCCCUUAUCCGCGUCCUACAGACCUUGCAAGAUUUCAACAUCAUCCUAGAAGGAUCACUUAUUAAAGGAGUGGAUGUUUAGCAUGGCUUUGCUGAGAACUUCAUUAUUCCUUUCCCAAGCGAGCAAACCGCAACAGGAGACCUGUCAGAACUUGAACACGAUGGUAGUGCACCACUGUAAGGCGUAGCUGCCAGCUGAAGUGGGAGUGGGAAGCCCAGUUUCUGCCAAGCGGGGACUGUCCUCUAAAGCUGCAGAAAGCUAAGAUGCAGUAUUGUAGUUUAUUUGAAACAGAAAUUUAGUAUAAAAUAGAGUAUUUUCAUGUGUUAGAUGUGUGUAAAUAUGCUAUCUUCUUUAAGAAAUUAUAUUACUCUAAGAAAUUUUUUCUUAGACUAAAUGUUCUUGUUCUUGACUAUGAGUAGCUUAAACCCAGGGGAAGGACCUGGCAGGGGGAAGGACUGAGGUGGGAAGGGAUGUUGCUACUUGCUUGCAAGGAAGAAGCCAGUCAAUGUGUAAAUACAGCACAAAGUCAGCAGGGCUUUUUUCAGGUAUUGCAAAUACUCUUAGGUAGCCAUUGGGAUUGUUUCACUCUUGGAAAUGGUGUAAGCAACUGCUGGUUUUCUGACUGUACAUAGUCUCUCAUAAGUUUUCUUUGUUUGUUUGAAGACUCAGCCUUUUCCAUGCACAGAAGUUUUGAGUCAUUUUUCUUUCUGUGAGGUUUUUUUCUGUCACUUUUGUGGAUCUCCAAAAGGGGGAGGCAAGUGUCAAAAUGCUUAAACACUGGAGAGGAGGACAGCUGUCAGCCUCAGAGCCCGAGUAUGAGACCUGCGUAAAUGGUGCUGCUGCAGCCUGAGAUGGGGAACGAUGGAUCGCUUGACUUGCUCCAUGUGUCCUUCGCCUGUGUACCUGUUCUGAUCAUUUCCCCUCACCCUCAGCCAGUCUGUGUUGUGGACAACUUUAUAAAUUGUUUUUUUCUCAUGUCGAGGAAUUUGGUUCGUAUCAAAUUCUUGCUGUACUUGAGAAGAAUCAUUGCUGCAGAGCCACAAACACCGAAGUUGCUGUGCUACUGAACUGUGUCAGCUGUUUUUCCAGUGCUGACAGGUUAUGAGUCUUCCUUUAUCCCUUCAAACUAUCCAGAAACCAAAACAAAAAGACAGGGGGGAGGAAAAAAAAGAAAGGAGUAUCUCCCUUAGGUAUUUUGAGGUGUCUCUCCUAUGAACACAUUAACUUCAAAGACUGCAAUACAGCUCUUGAAGAGGAAGUGGGAGCAACUGAAAUCCUGUAUGCUAAAAACAUGAAAGGAUGUUACAUUAAAACCACCUUGUGGAUAACGUGCAGCAAAUAUGGAGUGCAUUUUCCAUGUUUGUGGAUGGGAGUUGGAAGGAUCUGAGGGCAUAGUUAGCUUCAUCUGGGUUUAGUUUUUGGAGGUUAGUUGUGUUUUCUCACUUGCUUAUUCCCUAUGAUCUUGCCAGUUUCAUUAGUGCAUUUCUGUGGAUGUCUCACUUGGCUGUGGCUUGGGAAAGGCCCCUAACUGGUGCUGCAGGUGUACUGCCUUGUGCUGUGCUCUCAAGCAGCACUAGAGGGGCAGCAGCAGGUCUGGGCAUGGUGUGCGUACGGUGAGGAGAGGGAUGAGAGCUAAGGAAAAGAAAACAGGAUUAAAAUUAGGGUUUGCUUUCUCACCUACCUUUUCUCAAAGCUUUUCUGAUUUCCUGUGGGCCUUCUGCUGUCCAGUUCUUACACCAGCACUCACUUCAGCAUCUAAGUUUCACUUUACUUUCCCAGCCAGAGGAAAAUUCCUCAUGUAACUUCGUUUCAUCAGAAGGGGAAGUUUUAUAAAAGUACUUUUGUUUCCAAAAAAGAAAUAAAAUGUCAGGGAGCCAUGGACUUUUAUGAAGGUUCUAGCUUUCAGUAAGCAUUCUGUCCUCCUGGGCUUGUACUUCCUUCCUUAAACUGUCUAAUCUCAUCCCAAAUACGUCAGGCAGCACCACAGUGUCACUACUGUGAGUGACUAACACGAAGGUGUCGUGAAUUAGUACGCAGCAACCACAACAGUGUGACAUCUCAUAGACAUCCAGAAAUGUGAAUUUCAGAAUGACAGUAUGCCAGGUUGGAAGGGACCCCAAGGAUCAUCUGCGUCCCAAAGAUAUCUGGAUGUUAAGGAUGUGUGGCCAGGCAAGUCUGCUUAACUCAGCAGAAGAUGCUCGACAGUGCUUCAGCAGCAAUUGCAAAUGCCACGCCUGGUACUUAACUCUAUCAAUAAAUUAUACAUUUAGCACCAGAACCCAUGUGGCAGCAUUAUUUGGUAAUGACAUCUUAGGAUGUUUUGAUUUGUGUUGCAGAUCAGGCUUUUUAUGUCUAAUGGCUGCUAUACAUGAAUUUGCAUGCCCAACCCAUUCUAAGUGACUUUCAAUUUACUGAAAUAAUAACCUCUUUAGUCCUUAGAUUUCUUCACAGCAUCGUCUGCAUUUGCUAGCUGAGUAUGUUUCAAAAGAGUACUGCUGCAGGCUGCUCCAAAGGCUGUUUAUGACUUAACCAGUCAUAACAUAACGUCCAAUGUGACACAGGUUAAGUGCAUGCAGGACAAGCUGUGCUCUAAAGAGGGAGCACAGAUGCAUAGACCAGACCCAGGGAAAAGGGUAGCAACUACAUAAAGCCUUUCUUAAGUUAAAAUAAACCAGCCUGAGAAACUUUCAUAUUCAAAAUAGGGCCUUCCCCUAUUUCAAACUGCAUUAAGGAACUUUUAGCACUUAACUGUAACACAACUUCACAUCAGCUUUUUCAGCAAAUGUUGAGUCGUUUGGUUUUGUCAGGUUUCACAUCACACUGAUAGCGACAACACAAAAAUCAUGUAUGUCUAAUAUUUCCUUGGGGGCAAAAAAACACCCUAAGAUAUGUUGGAAGUGGCACAGCUGAGUGCCUCAGACUUCUCAACUAGUUAUUUUGCAGCCUUAGGAGUAUGGCUCUUUGUAGAGUACGUUUACCAUGUGUAUUUUUAUUUUAGCAGACUACUUUUGUUUGUUAUAAACAGAGGGAGUCUUCUGUAAGUUUUACAGCAGUGCUCUUUCCCGCUAGAAUGGUCAGAAAGCCAUCAGGAUUCUUCUAAGCUAAGACAGUUGUGUUUUUUUACUUCAGCGUUAAGCACCUUCUUUGGUUGAGAAAGGGAAGCUUAGAAAAGACCAAUGAUCUCUGGUAUCUGUUUGUUGGGGGCAGUUUUGGGGGAAAGAAAAAAAAAGAGGGAAGAAAAAACUCCCAUCCAAUGCCUCUCUACGGACAUCUGAGUUUUCAUCAUCCUCUUACAGCAACAUCCUGCACGGUAACUUUGAAGGAGUCAGAGAAUCAGAUGCCUCACUAUGUACAAAAGGUGUAUUUAUAACUCUCUGAAACGAGUGAAAUCCUACUGUUCAGUGAAAGAUCUGCUCAUGUUUAUUCCAAGUCAGUUUGUGUAAUUAGAUGUCAUUGUUCAAAGGAUGUCUUUUUAGAGUAGCUGCGCAGUGGCCUAGUUGAGAAAAUGACUUCUUUCAGUCCAAUGAAGGUGUGCUUCGUAAGGGGAACAUAUUGUAUGUUACACUUGAAAUGUACAAAUCUACCCUCUAUAGCUUAAAACGAUCCUUAAAUGUUUCCACUGAGUAUAUUUUAUCUUUCCAUUAUUACUGACUGGACAAGAACUGGAUUCUUUUCAAGAUGACGUUAGUAAAAAGCAUUGUUAUAUCAAGCACUUUAACAUACAGACCACAAACUGACAUGGGUUUUUUCCAGGUUUUGAAGUCCAUUGCAAUACAGCUUUUCAUGCUAUGUCCUUUACAAAUUAAACUGUGAGAAUAA